AUGGAUGAAUUAUUAGAAUUUUUGCGGGUACGUCACAAGGUACUAGAGAAUUCACAGUUUGACCGGACUUUCGACAGAUCGGAUAGACCACAACCAAAUAAACGCGCGAUAGAGACCAAUCGAUCCACAUUUGCUUGCCCAACGUCUAAACUAGCGUGCCAUAUACGUAAGGAACCACACUAUACGUAUCAAUGCCCCAAACUAACUAAGGUAGCAGUAGAACAAAGAUACGAAGUCGUAAAACAGUCAGGAUUGUGCGGCAAUUGUUUACGGCCUAAUCACACGGCCAAACAAUGCAUCGUUGGUACCUGUAAGCAGUGUAAGGCAAAACAACAUACACUGCUACGCAGAGAAACGAAUACAAAUCAGCAAACAGAUCGAGCCAAUGUAGUGUCGCUUACAACAACCACACCAUUCGAAGUGAUUCUAUCCACCGCGAUUGUAGAAGUCUUAGAUAAAAACAAUAAACCUCGACCGUGUCGAGUCUUGCUAGAUUCUGGGUCGCAGUCUAACUUUUUAACCGAAAGCUUUGCAACAAAACUAGGACUAAAACGAGACCAUAUGGAAAUUCCAGUAGUUGCUAUUAACCAAACAAUUUCACAAAUACACCACAUGGUGAAAUCGCGUAUCAAAUCACGCAUUAAUACAUUUAGCACCGAAUUAGCAUUUUUAAUCUUGCCGCAAAUUACAGAAAUUCUACCGUCCCAAGCAAUCCCAAAACAACAAUUGCAGCUACCUGCUAACCUUCCGUUAACCGACCCAGCCUUCUGCAGACCCUCCGAAAUAGAUGGUUUACUAGGCGUCGAAAUAUUUUACAAAUUAUUGUGCGUAGGACAAAUAGCCAUAGCAAACAACCAAUUAACACUACAAAAGACCAAACUUGACCGGUUUUGGGAAAUAGAAGAAGGUCCGCAUAAAAAGUUGUUGUCAGGCGAAGAAUCAGCGUGUGAACAACACUAUCAACAACAUACUACGCGCGAUCCAAGUUCAGGACAAUAUACAGUCCGAUUACCAUUCAAAGAAAAUCCAACGUCACUAGACGACUCCCAUUCCAUAGCUCUUAGACGGUUUUAUUCCUUAGAACCUAGCCUCGCGAAAAAUCCUGAAAAUAGAGUAAAAUACACCGAAUUUAUGAAAGAAUAUCACCUUCUAGGUCACAUGUCCAAAUUAGACUCAUCACGCGGUCGGCCAACGAUACGAGAUGACUUGUAUUCCAUUCUACUUAGAUUUCGAUGUCACUCAUAUGUCCUCACCGCGGACAUCGAAAAAAUGUACCGACAGAUAGUUGUGCACCCACAGGACCGCAAGUAUCAAAGGAUAUUAUGGCGCGACAAUCCGCAAGCACCAAUAGACACGUACGAGUUAAACACGGUUACGUAUGGUACUUCCGCGGCCCCAUUUUUAGCCAUUCAGUCGUUGCAACAGUUAGCGAAGGGCGAGUCUAACUGCCUAGAGCCACAGCCGUAUUGCGGGAAGAUUUUUAUGUCGAUGACCUGCUGA